AUUUGCUGUUGUACGUCGCCUGUAGUGUAACAUCCGUACCGCACGUUCCCCCACGCGCGUUAAUUGUUUCAUCUCCGGUAAAGAAGUGAGCGGGACCCACGGAGCCCCACCAUGGAGCCGGACUCAUCCGACCCCAAUACGUCCAAAACCGACAUGCUGAGAGGAGUCAUCGCCGAGAAGCUCACCUUGGCCGCCCGGGAGAUCUUAGCGGUGGUGGAGAAGACUGUAGCCGACUACGAGGAGGAGGCUGUGGGUUUCAGGCAGGAGAUUGACCGGCAGAGGAGACUGCUGGAGCUCCUGCAGCCUGAAGUCAAGUUAGAGGCUUUAGAUGACCAGCAGCAGUUUUCCCUUUGUGAGGCUGGAGGAGGUCGACUACCAGAAGAUCAGGAGCAGCACAAAUAUGAGCAGAGGGUGGAGGACAGCCAAAGCCUGGGAUUCUCAGGCUACAGUGAGGAACAAAUAGAGGAAGACGAACAUGAAGAUGAGGAUGAGGAGGAGGAGGAGGAGGAGGAGAUGGCACAGCAGUGUUAUGAAGCAGCACCACGGUUACAAGAUACAGACGCACUGCUCGUGCCUUCCACGGUUCAGACUGACAGACGGAGAGCAGACAGACCUUGGAUCAGUGAAACGCAGAGUUUCGUGGACCUCAGGAUCCGCAUCCUGGACUCGAUGAUCGACGUGCUUUCAAAGAGGGUGUUUCAGAAGUACCCACUUCAUGAGCUGCAGUGUCGUCGUGGCCUUCAGGAGGCCGACUUCCUGCAUCUGCUUAGGACAACCUUCCCCCAGCUGGCUGCUGAUGAACCUUUUGACGUUUUUAUAACUGACAACACCAGAAAGCUGCAGCCUCUGAAAAUAGACUUGUGGACUCCGGAGGCGAUCGAGAGGACCAUCAGGGCAAAUGGGAAUUCUGCCCUCUACAUCCGCCUGAAGAAUCAGCAGAGUUUAGAAGCUGAAGAGGAGCUUCAGCCAUUGCACGGAAAUAAAGCUGCUGCUGAGCACAUGAGGAAGAGGGUGGGCAGACCUGGGUUCAGGAAAACACAGACGCAUGUAAUGAUCAGAAUCCGCAUCCUGGGUAAAAUGAAGUCUGACGUGCUCUCAGCCAGAGUGUAUCAGAUGUGCCCGCUUCAUGAGCUAAUGUGCCCUCGGGGUCUACAGGAGGCUGACUUCAUGGACCUGCUGAGGUCCACCUUCCCUCAGCUGACUGCCGAUGAGCCUUUUGACCUCUUUGUGAGUGACAAAAGCAGAAAACUGAAGCCUCUGAAAGUACGGUCACUGACGACGGAGGAGGUGGAGAGGGCUACGAGGACUUCUACGCUCUACAUCCGACUGAAGCCGUCGGAGGAGCUUCAAGCCUCAGCGAAACAGUUCCUGAGUGUAGGAGAUGUUUUAGCUGAAACUCUUCCAUUGACCCUAAAAACAACCAGAAAGAAACCCGGACAGGAUGAAAAACAAACUCAGUCAGGCUGUGGUCUGCACUUGACUCUGGUGACUGCAAAGUGGCCAAAUCAUCACCCCACUGUGCCGACUCUUGGUAUGAGGUGUGUGUGAACUUUAACAUGCUGGCUGAGGCCCUUGGAGUCUGAGAUGGAGCUUUUUGGUUUCCUGUAGUUUCUCCGAGCAUUGCACAGUCUGACCUUGUGGUGAAUGUGCUGGGGCAUUUACUCCUGUGAAGAUCGGCAGCUGCUUUGAAUGUUUCCACUGUAGAAAAUGAAGCAGAAUGAUGGAUGUUAGAUUCUUUGAUAACUAUUUUUUCUCGCAGAUAGAGUUUCUUCUCUUAACCCUUGUAUGGUGUUCGGGUCUGUGAGACCCGUGUUCAGUUUUUUUCAAAAGAAAAAUUAAACAAUUAAUUAUUUUUUCAC